AUGUUGCCAGGACAUCCGUGCAAGGUCAAUGAAAGUGGCAGAAACAGAGCGAAAGUGAAAUGUCACCGGAGUGACGGACCGGGAGGCGGCGGCGGCGGCAGCCGCCCACGGACCGGGAGGCGGCGGCGGCGGCAGCCGCCCCCGGGCCGGGGCAGCGCUCAGCCUUGGCCCUUGAGCGUGGGCAGACGUCGAGGACGGCGGAGGACGCGGGCGGCGGCGUCGAGUCGUCGCGCAGACACCUUGCACUCGCUUUGCAGGCAGCCGCCGCCCCCGCGCCGCCCCCGCCGCACUGCGUGCCGCACUCUCAGGGUCGAUCGUCGUAAAGCCUUCACUUUCUCUCCACAUUCAAUUAUUCUGCGCCAAAAAUCGAAAGCGCUCUAUGCACCCGCGGCGGCGGCGCCGACGCCGUCUCUCCACCAGGUGCCCCCAAACACUUUCACCGCCCCCAGGAAGUUCAAGAAAUCACAUACGCCGCCACCGUCACCGCCGCAAAUAACAAAUGAAAAUUGCACUGCUGACACGUGCGACGCCUAA